GUUAUUUUAUUUCAUUUUUUAAUGGUUGGACGACGUCACACUCAGUUGCUUCAGUUUUCUUAAUUUUCUUCCAUUCAAUAGAGAGAGAAAGAAGAAGUUAUACUGUACCUGUGAAUGUCCUUCAAUGAUCAUUAAUAGUCUCCUGCUUUUGUCUUAAGAAGUCCUCGUUUCUCUCUGUUGAGCUUUCUGUUUAUAUGCACCGUCUCUUUCGUCAAAUUUUUCUUGCUCUUGUCAUCGAAAUACCUUCUUUUAUCUUCUUAUCAGGUUCCCUGAAAAUUCUCUCUUCUGGGUGUUUGUUAGUUUUGGGAAUAAUUGUUUCUUGGUUUUAUCCACAACUUUCUGUUUGUCUCAUCGUUUCUGUUCUGUACUGACAUCUCACUUGUGCGUGUAAGUGAGGACCCCGUAAAGCUUCUGUUCAGCCAUUUCUUCUCUGGAUCUUUUUGUUUUUGAAUUCUGCAUCUCAAUUUAGCAUCUGGAGAUGGGUAUAUAUCUCAGCAGUCCCAAGACCGAGAAGUUCUCAGAAGAUGGUGAAAAUGAUAAGCUCAGAUACGGUUUAUCAUCCAUGCAAGGGUGGCGUGCCACCAUGGAAGAUGCUCAUGCAGCAUUCCCUGAUCUGGACAAUUCCACUUCUUUCUUUGGUGUCUAUGAUGGCCAUGGAGGUAAGGUGGUUGCGAAGUUUUGUGCAAAGUUCCUUCACAUACAAGUCCUCAAGCAUGAGGCUUAUGAAGCUGGAGAUAUAGGAACUUCUGUUCAGAGAGCAUUCUUCAGAAUGGAUGAGAUGAUGCGCGGACAAAGGGGAUGGAGAGAAUUAGCUGUUUUGGGAGAUAAAAUAAAUAAGUUUACAGGCAUGAUCGAAGGAUUGAUAUGGCCUCCAAGAAGUGGUGGUAAUGAUCACCCUGAUGAUUGGGCUUUUGAGGAGGGUCCUCACUCUGACUUUGCUGGACCAACUUCUGGGAGCACAGCUUGUGUUGCAGUAUUCAGAAACAAUCAACUCAUUGUUGCAAAUGCUGGUGAUUCUCGCUGUGUCAUAUCUAGAAAGGGGCAGGCAUAUAAUCUCUCAAGGGAUCACAAACCUGAUCUUGAAGCUGAAAAGGAAAGGAUUUUAAAAGCUGGUGGAUUUAUACAUGCAGGACGAGUGAACGGUUGUCUGAAUCUUGCAAGAGCUAUAGGUGACAUGGAAUUCAAGCAAAAUAAAUUUUUGCCACCUGAAAAGCAAAUUGUAACUGCCAAUCCAGACGUAGACACUGUUGAGCUGUGUGAUGAUGACGAUUUCAUUGUGCUAGCAUGUGAUGGAGUCUGGGACUGCAUGUCAAGCCAGCAGUUAGUGGAUUUUAUCCAUGAACAACUACAUUCAGAAAGCAAGCUUUCUGUGGUGUGUGAGAGAGUGCUUGAGAGGUGCUUGGCACCAUCAACAGCCAGCGGCGAGGGAUGUGACAAUAUGACUAUGAUCAUAGUCCAGUUCAAGAAACCCACUGAGUCGACUUCAUCUGCCAGUGAACAAUCCUCGCAAUCCAGAUCAACUGACUCUGAUUCAAAAUCUGAAGAAAAAAUGACUCAAAAGUGGCUGCCGUUGUAUCAAAAUAGGAAUCCUCCAUUUGCUUGAAAAUCAGGGAUCAAAAAUUUGUGUGCAGAAAGAGAAAAAGACUAAAUGAAAUGUGAAGAAAAUUUCAUUGCUCAUGUUGGUGUGUGUUGUCUGUUUAGCUUUGACAAAUGACAAUAAUAGCUUUUACAAUUUUUUUUUCUCAGGUAUUGAAACUACAUCUGACAAAUGACAAUACCAUUUGAAAUGGUGGAUUUUUAGACA